AACGUGCGUCGAACACAGGAAGUUGAUUUAUCAGCUGAUCCUGCUGUUUGUUGUUGAUGCCUGAAGUUGCUGUUGUUUGGACACUGUGUUGCUCAUAUCUGCGUCUGACAUUGAAGACAUAUUAAACCCUAGAAAAGGACACGGUGGGCAUUUACAGACUGACGAGCUUCUGAGUAUUAAGGGAAGUGUCACACAGCUAGGACUUUGAAUUUGCGCUCUCGCGGCAGAAGAGCUAGCACCAAAGCUUGAACCUUCGGUGAAACAAGAAAGAAAAACAGCAAAGACAGCCGACGGCUUGACGUGCUUUCUUUGUUUCUGUCGUGCCGGUCUGAACCGAGAUAUUGAUUUUCUUUGUCUUGAAUUUAGUUUUUUUUCCUCGAAAAGGCGUUAUUUAUAUUUAUACUUUAUUAUCAUUACACCGCAAGGGCAGCUAGCUAGUCAGCUAACGCUAGCCCAUAGCGCAAAGAAAGAGCCUUGUUGUCAAGAUUUGAUGCUUUCGUAACUGCCAAUGUACUAACAGAUAGUGACAGAUAACCAUUGCUAACGGUGAGAAUAGUCAGGUUUGGAGAAAUUAUUUUCGUGCCUCUGUAUUUUUUGGCUGUUUGUCACUGGCUCAGGUGCUCUGUUGGGGAUAUAGGACACAACUCUGUAGCCGAAUAAGUUGAUGCUCACUGAUUAAGUUCAAGCCUCUUAGAGACAUUUGUGGCUGUGGAACCAGUCUGUCUUAUCUGUUUGUUUGUUCCUGACCUUAAAUCGAAUGAAUUCAGUUUUUUUUAUCUGUAUCGAUUUUAAAGCACACAACAAGUAAUAGGUUAACUGACAGCUGGCCUUGUACGUUGUAGAUUAGCUGGCAGGUUGCGUAAUUUGUUUGUGAGCAAACUGUCAGCCUUUGCUGGAUAACGUGUUAAACUGUUAUUUAAAACAUAUGUAUCUUUGUGAGCCUUAGGUGAUCCGUGUGUUCAGCCUUAGGUAGUGUUGUGGAUGUCGUUUUAAAUAUUUCACACAUUUUAGCAUUUGUUUUUGGUACCAAUUUAGUGUCAAGAAUACAUGACAUGUGAUACAGUGGCCACACUUUACUGUAAACAGACUGAGUAGCUGUUUGAUGCUCAUGCUCAUGACUCGGGUAACUUUAGAAAAAUAAGUCAAUAGUUAUGUUUUAAAGUAGACAUCUGAAACAAUUGUGAGACUGUGCUGUGACCAGGGAGAGACAGGUGAGGAGAAAGGGUCCCUCAGAGGGUCCCAUUGUGUCUUGAGGUGAGGUGAGCUGCCCCCCACUACUUGCCAAUGCUGGAUCUGGAGGUGGUGCCUGAGAGAUCACUAGGAAAUGAACAAUGGGAAUUCGCCUUAGGGAUGCCAUUGGCCCAGGCCAUCUCUAUUCUGCAGAAACACUGCCGCAUCGUAAAAAAUGUCCAGGUGCUAUACAGUGAACAGACGCCACUCAGCCAUGACCUCAUACUGAACUUGACUCAGGAUGGGAUUAAACUGCUGUUUGAUGCCACAAAUCAGAGACUCAAGGUGAUUGAAGUGUAUGACCUGAGCAAAGUGAAGUUGAAAUACUGUGGAGUCCAUUUCAACUCUCAGGCCAUUGCCCCCACAAUAGAGCAAAUAGAUCAGUCAUUUGGCGCUACGCACCCAGGAGUUUACAAUGCUGCAGAGCAAUUGUUCCAUCUCAACUUUCGAGGACUGUCCUUCUCCUUCCAACUGGACUCAUGGAAUGAAGCUCCAAAAUAUGAGCCUAACUUUGCCAUGGGUUUGGCCUCCCUGCAGAUUCCACAUGGGGCCAUGGUCAAGAGGAUGCACAUUUACACUGGCAACAACCUGCAAGAAACAAGAGCUCCGGUGAUGCCGUUGGCCUGUUUCCUUGGUAACAUCUAUGCAGAGUGUGUGGAUGUCCUGAGAGACCGGGCUGGGCCUCUGGGUCUCAGACUGCGCCUUCUUACUGCAGGUUGUGGUCCAGGUGUGAUGGCUGAUGCAAAAGUGAGGUCCCUAGAAAGGAGCAUCUACUUUGGAGAUUCCUGUCAGGAUGUACUGGGUGCUCUAGGCUCGCCACAUAAAGUCUUUUACAAGUCUGAGGACAAGAUGAAGAUCCACUCUCCAUCACCUCACAAGCAGGUUCCUUCAAAAUGUAACGACUACUUCUUCAACUACUUCACCCUCGGAGUGGAUAUCCUGUUUGACUCUACAAAUCACCUGGUGAAGAAGUUUGUCCUCCAUACCAACUACCCUGGACAUUACAACUUCAAUAUAUAUCAUAGAUGUGACUUUAAGAUUCCACUUGUCAUUAAGAAAGAGGGAGCUGAUUCUCAGACGGAGGACUGCAUUUUAACCACCUACAGCAAGUGGGAUCAGAUUCAGGAACUGCUGGGUCACCCGAUGGAAAAACCUGUAGUGCUCCACAGGUCCUCAUCAGCCAAUAACACCAACCCUUUCGGCUCUACCUUCUGCUUUGGACUGCAGAGGAUGAUUUUUGAGGUGAUGCAGAAUAACCACAUAGCAUCAGUGACCCUCUAUGGUGCUCCACGGACCGCCAGUCAAGCCCGACCUGAGUCCAGUAGUAGUUCCCACUGAGCAAGUAACCAGAACCACAUCCCAUUCUGGCCUGUCCUGAAUCUAGCACCUCUACUGACUGAACCUAUAACCCAGAGCCAGAUUCUUAACCAAGCAGACCUAACCCAGAACAGCAAAAUUAUUCUUGUCCAGCUCAGACACCGCUCAUUACACAGAAAGGCAACCAGAACCCAGAGUAACCAAAUCAGCUUUUCCUGGAGGGUUCUAAUACUUCGCUUUUAAUCAGAUCCACCCAGACAGCACAGUCAUCCCAGUUCAGACUACCCCAAGAUCCAGGAUCUAGUGACAGUCUCAGUCCAGUGAAGUGAUUUCUUGAGGGGGAGUAUCACGGUGGUGCUGCAAACUGACAUGGUGAAGAAAUCUGUCGAGCUCAAAUCUUUCCAUCCAGUGGCUGCAUUUGCACAGGACCACAGAAGAAGAGUUUGUCCAGACUGUAGUUUGAAUGGUUCCACCAUACACACCAUUCUGUGACAAUAAUCUCCAUAACGUCGUGAUGGUGAGAUGAUCAGCUUUUAAACAAGUCUGUUUAACAUUAAGCAUAGAGAGUUAAAACUGCUGUGGCCAAAGUCUUGAAACGAACUCUGGCUUCGCUGAAAACACACACCACCCAACCACACUGCCAGCCCAGCCAGUACCGCCUGUGUCCCUCUGCUGCAACUUCACAACCACACCAGACUGGCUAAAGUCAAAACCCCCGGACACAUCAGAACCGCAACAAACCAAACCAACUCAGCCCAACCAAGAGCCACCAGAGCCAAACACACAUUGGAAAGCUGCAGAGGACUGUAACGUGAGAGGAGAACGUGAGAAUCCAGAUUUUGUCGUACGAGAGAAGAACCAAACACACUCAGGGUUUGAAGAGACAUGUGGCCCAGAACACACCCACAAUGGCUGGGUGACCAGAUGUGAAGCCUCUCAAAGCAGAGCCAUCCAAACACCAACCCUUCCUUUCCUUCUGUUUCAUUCUUCCUCCACCUUUCCUCAGUGGUACCCACUAACACACACACACACACACACACACACACACACACACGCAAGCAAGCAAGCACACAGGAGUAAUUAUUAAUCCACAGCUGUUGUUAUUCGCAGCUCUGGACAUGUCUAUGUGCUCGCAUACACACACACAUUUCGAAAUGGGCAUCUGCAUGUGUUAGGCUGCUGAUUUUUGAAUCGGUAUUUCAACAGACUUUUAUUCAAGCACACUCACAGCAUUCAGUCCCUUCACUACUAUCCUCACAUGUAUUUCUAAUACAUGAAAGCUGGUUUGUCUUUUUAGCCUUUUUAAAUACAGCAUAGAGACGUGCAGGCAUUACGAGAAUUUGCAUGAACUUGGCAGACGUUUUUGAAUGAGAGGAGACUUCUUACAAGCACAAACUGGCAACCUGUUCUCCUUAUUUGUUCCUGCAUGUUGUUCGGGCACACGGUCUUGUUCUUUAAAUUUUCCUCUGCCCCGACUCACUCAUCCUCUCCAUGACCAUUUUCAUUGUGUUCAGUGUUUUUAUUUUUCUUCAGUGGUUGUUACAUAUGCACUAAAACACACCUUUUUUUACUUGAUUGGUUGAUUGUGCCCUAUCCUCACAGAUGGAUUUGUGGGGACAUUUGGAGAGAUAGUGGUGUGUGAAUGUGUGUGUGUGUGUGUUUUUAUCCAUAAGUUUGGACAGGGGGAGAGCCAGUCAUGUUUUCUGUGUUGCUCUUUCCUCUUAACCUUCUCCAUUUCUACAUCCAGUUGAUGCAUUGCAAUCCGUCCCUCAGCAGUGUCUACAUUUAUUUCCUUGUUGAAUUGCCAAAUGCUUUAGCCAAAGAAGUUUCAGGACAAUAUCAUUGGAUCUGCUAAUGUUCUCACUCUUGUCCAAUCCUGUCCUGUGGAGAGAGUCACGUGUUGGUCGUCUGCUUCCUGUUGCAUCUCUUUUAUUCUGCACAUCAAAGGUCAUUAUUGUGGUAAAGCCUCUAAAUUCAGCUGCUGGUUAUUGUGACUGCUGACAAUAUUUACACAAGAUGUGAAAGGCUGACUUCUUUGAACAUUUUGGAACCAUCAUCAUUCAUCUGGAUUUGGUUACAGUCUUAUUAACAGCAGCAACAAGGAAAACCUUUUUGUGAGUGGAAAAGAGCUGUAAUUUAAAGACUUUCCAUUCGUUCCUUCAUCAUAACACGUUUGCGCCUUCCUCACCGAUGUAUGAAUUUCAAAUCUUUUUAAUCGUAAGCAUUUGAAUAAACGGUGUAUUAGUUUUAAUACACACAUUGUCAUUUAUUGUUCAUUGAUACAGAUGUUGUAUUGCUUCAUUAAAGAUUGUUUUAAUCACCACGUAUGGCACGGCACCAGGGUUGAGGUCAGGGCCCAUAUAUACAUGACGGGGGGUAGUCUGCAAAGCUGAGGGAUAUCAAGCAGUUUGAAGAAAGUUUUGACAUUCAAACUGACUUCAUUUAUUUUAAUAUGCAUGUUUGCAUGGCUGAAUUGAUCCCUCGCUGAAACCAGAUGGCAUUUCGAUAUAAGUUUUGCUUGUGUCCAGCAGCAGCCGCCACAAGAAACAGCCAGCCAACUGUACUUUAAGGCAGUUUUUCAUUAUAUUAUCAGAAGAAAGUAAACACCCAUUCUACGUUUCUAAGCUUCUAAGUCAUUAGAAUUCUACAAUUCACCAUUAGCAGCUUUUAUUUACAGCACCUUCUUUUUGGGUACAGUGUAGCACUGACCAGGAGAAGACCAUGAUGAGGAAAAGAAAAGAAAUGCAUUUCCAUGUUGUGUCAAUCCCAUCCGCAUAUGUCAGUUGUGUAUCGGGCCCUAAUCCUUGCAGUUGAUGUUGAUGUACAAACGCUGUAAAUAAUUUCGUGCUCUUAUUCUGCUGUCUUCUUAUUUCCAUGAUCUUAACAGCUUGGCACAGACACAUCUGACACUGACUGAGUAUCUCAGUAUUUCUUCCUUCAUUCUCAUUAGACUGAUAACUCAAGAGGAAGCAUCUGCUCAUAACAGACUCAUUAUCAAUCACUGGAUGUUGUUGUUUUGUUGGUUUGAUCGUUUUUUUCAACUCCAGACCGCUCAGUAUUGAAACUUCUUGUCGUGCAAUGCUAAUGGCCCUGCUUCAGCUCUGCUUGAACUGCUACUGCAGCAUCAAAUACAAAGCUCCGUUUACGCCGGCAGUCAGGGAAAACUUUAAUCCUUCUUCACAUUCAGACUGGAAGAGAGCUGUGGUAGAGAUUUUUUUGUAGGGUGGACAGAAUCUGAUUUAGCAUCGGCAUGUUGCUAGAUUAUACGUCUACUUGUUUACACUAGAAAAAAUAUCUCUGGCUGCAGCUUUCUUGUAGUCAGACUCUCUCCCUAAGUUGAGGUGAUGUGGGUUCAGGAAACAGGAGAGAUGAAUGCUACGCAGUCUGGUUCAUUUAACAUUUGUGAUGGGCUCCCACGUUUACAGAGCGAAGUUCAGCAAAGUCAGGUGAACGUGGAAAGUUCCAUACUCCUGUUCUGCUUUAUCCACAUGUUGUGUUGAAUAAGGAAACAGAUGUAAUAUAACAUGAAAGCUGUAUUCAAACAUUUCCUACAGCUUGCUUUUGUGCAAGUAAAUAUGAGAGAAAAAAAAACAAAAAAAAGAAACUGUUGAACAUUGUGCCUCAUCUCCCACCGAGCCUGUCUUUGACUUCUGUCUUCUAUCUCCUCUGUAAAAAGAAAUCUCCUUGUACAUACAAUUUGAGAAUGCAUUUGAACUGCAUCAUUGUACAAUAUGUAUGUGUGCGUGUCACUGAGCAUUAGCAACAAGCUAACAUGGUAUUACGGCCGUCUCAAGUCAUUUUAGUUUUCCUGUUACCAGCAGAGAAUGGCAGGUUGGGUUGGGUUUUCCCAAAACAAGGAUGGGUUUUUCACCAAUGUUGUUGUUUUUUUCUAUGAAAACAAUGAGCAAAUGUUUAUAACACUUAAAAACCCAUCACAGUGGUGUGCAUGGUUGACAAAGGAAAACAAAAAGUUGCCCAGAACAUGGUAUCAGAUUUUCAUUAAAACCAGAAGAAAAACAGUUCAGUCCUGCUCAACUUGAAUAAGUCAGUUACCACCCUAAAGAUCAAGAGCAGGUGGGGUCAAAGAUGAGCAAAGAAAAGAAAAAACAGCAGUGAGUGAAGCGAAUCAAAAUGCUUCUGUAGGAGAACAUAGACCCCAGUUUAACCCGGUUUUGGUAAACCCAGCCCAGCACCCCAGACGGUCAGUGCUGUGAUGAUGCAUUGUUACUGAGAGACAGACAGAGGAGCUAUAGGCUGCUGGGUAGUUGAUCUCACCCAAACUCAGGUGGACAUAUCACAACCUUGUUUUUCUAACAUUUUUAAGAUAGAAAAACAAGUGAAAACUUAAAUCCAGAGGUCUGUGUGGCUUUUAGAUACCACCUGUUGUUUUUUUGGUUGUUUUGUUUUGUUUUUAUAUUGAAUGCAGGAAUGAAUGAAUGAUUAACCAGAUUGUUGUAAUGUAUAACUGACAGCUUCAGUUCAGUGUAAUGAUAAUCUCAUAUUAAUGCUUCGUAACGUCUGUUCUUGGUAUCAUUAUGUUCCGUUGCCCAUCUCAUUUAUUCUCCUCCAGAUAUUUUUUUGUGGACAUUUUAAGCCCAUUUCUGGAAAUGGGGGCAGUUAUACUUAAUUAAAUCUUGAAAUCGUGAAAUUCAUUGGAAUGUGGCAUUUUAUAUUUUGAAUACUAUGAGUGUGUAUAUAUAAAAAAAUGAAUAAGUAGAAUUAUUCCGCAUGUCCACUGAAAAAAAAGGCAAUAACAGUACCAUGUAGUGCAAAGACGAGGAUUAGGUUGACUGAAAGCUUUGCUCCAGCAAAUUACUUUUGACAGUGUUUGAUGAUGGUUGUUGAGAUGAGCUACUGCUGUGCGAUCUCUAACAACUGCAAUGCAACUUUUGGACUUUUAUGAAAUCAGACGCCCACUGUUCAUUGACAUCAAAGUUCAUUUUCUGUGUGUGAAACCAGGAUAUGAAAAAAAAACAAUAAAAAAUGUGGAUGUGAGAAAAAGUU